UUUUUUAGUGAAUUUCUGUGUAAGCCUAAUGGCAUCACUGAAUGUUUAGUUAACAGCCCGUUUACAUUUCUGUUAAAUUGACAACAAAGUGUCAGAACUUCGUAAAUAAUGGGUGGUCAUCACGGAGAACCCUACAAGGUACCGCAUCCUUCCAUCUACAAGGUGGAGAACGUGCCCCAGCUGUUGGAGGUGAAAGAGUCACUUGCCCGCCAGGGACUCAGCGAUCCAUGGCUGAGAAAUGAAGCAUGGCGCUAUGAGAAGAAGGCGUUCGGCACACACGCUUCCCGGCUAAAGACAUUCAUGUUCCGCGGUCUCGGCGUCGGCUUCUGUGCAUUUCUGGUCACCAUUGGUGCUGAGUACGCUUUAGGCAUUGGCAAAGGACAAGGAGGACAUGGCCAUGGUGAUGGACACGGUGAUGGCAAACACCAUUAGUGUGAGAGAGUUUGCAACUUGAGUGCUUGUUUAGUUAAAUAAAAAUGCAAAAGUGAAUGCGCUUUAAUAUUUAAUGAUA